AUGGCCACGGCGACCUUCCGAGGCAUGCUUGACUACUUCGUACAUCUGAACAUGUCUUCUGCCAUGUCCCUGAUGUGCCGGUCAGCAUGCAGGACGGCCUUUAGACCACGACUCGGCUCACACCGGAAAGUAGUUCAACGCCGGACAUUGUAUCGGGGAAACUCAGCAUAUCUCUCUCAUCGACCAUAUCGAGUCCCAGGCAUGACAGUCGAGAGCUUCCCAGCAUGUUUCGUGAGAGGCGGCACAUCGAAUCGUCUUCUGAUCCACAGACGAGAUCUACCGAAAAGGACCGAAGAAUGGCAGCCCAUCCUCGCUUCAGCCAUGGGAUCGCCUGAUCAAUAUGGCAGACAGCUUGACGGCAUGGGAUCUGGAGUCUCCUCCACGAGCAAAGUCUGCAUCGUGGAAAAGAGUAGUCGACCUGGUGCCGAUCUCGACUACACUUUCGUACAAGUCGGCAUCAAGGAUGGCUCGCUCGACAUGGCCGGCAACUGUGGCAACAUGUCGUCUGCUGUGGCGCCGUUUGGGUUGAGUGACGGCCUGCUGCACAAUAUCUACGUAACGAGGGAAGGCGAUGAGAGUGAUCGCGACGUCAACGUCAGGUUCUUCAAUACAAACACGAACAAGCUGAUCGUCUCAUCCUUCAACGUGCCCAAGGACGGCGUCUACGACCCCUUUGGUGACUACAGCAUUGACGGCGUACCGGGUACUGGCUCGAGAAUCACCAUGUCAUUUCGGGAUCCUGCUGGAAGCAAGACUGGCAAAGCACUGCCUACUGGUAAUCCCAUAGAUACCCUCGAACUUCCUGAUGGCACCUCCAUCGAAGCCAGUCUCACUGAUGUCGCGAAUCCCGGCGUCUUCGUUAGGGCUGCGGAUAUUGGCAUACCUGGCGACAUUAAGCCAGCUGCUCUCGAAGAGCAAGCCGAUAUCAUGAUACGCCUUGAGCAGAUCCGCCGAGCUGGAGCGAAGAUGAUAGGUCUUGAUCCAGACAUACAGAGUAUCCCGAAGAUUAUCAUCGUCUCUGCGCCUGAUGAAGCUGCGCAAGACGAGAGUACGCAUAUCAUUUGCAGAGCUCGGUCAAUGCAGCAGCCACACAAAGCUGUGCCUUUGACCUUGGCAUUGAAUCUUGGAGCGAGUGUGAGGAUGCCUGGCACUAUUCCCGCCAUGACGGCUGUGAAUACAGAUGGUCUUCAGUCUGUUACAAUCGCCCACGCCAGUGGUAGGCUUGAAGUCGGGAGUGUUCUCGAAGAUGGCAACAUCAAGAGCGCGUUGCUUCAUCGGACUGCUAGGAUAUUGAUGAAAGGAGACGUCUUCUAUACUGCCAAGUCUGAAGAACUGUAG